AUGGUCGCAAUACCUUUGCCUGUGGCCAUUCUCGCUGCAACAAGUCUGCACAGUCGGCAGAGUCCCGAAAGUGCUCCUCCACCAGCUGCACAGGGAGGACUCCCCAACUAUUAUGGCUCUGUGAGACAGGUCACCCGCUCUGACUUCCCGGAUCCGGCCCUCCUCUACUACAAUGGUAUCACAUAUGCCUACUCCACCAACAGCGGCUCAGGGACACACAUUCCCGUCGCGACAUCCACUGACAACACCACCUUCAACGUCCUGGACGGCAAAGAUGCACUUCCCGGUCUCGCAGCCUGGGAGAAUGGCAACAACGUCUGGGCGCCAGACGUCGUCCAGAUCUUUGACUCUGCUACAGUGUCACAGUCCAAGUUCGUGAUGUACUACGCCUCCGGCACCCUCUCAAGCAAGGGGAAAUAUCACUGCAUUGGCGCCGCCACCGCCAGCACGCCUCUCGGUCCCUUUGUGCCCAUAAGCGACCAACCUUUUAUCUGUCCAAACAUUCCCACCAGCGGCGGUGCAAUCGAUCCAGAAGGGUUUCUCGACCCGGUCACCGGGAGGCGCUAUGUUGCAUACAAGCAGGACGGCAAUGCAAUCGGCCACGGCGGAAGCUGCGGCAAUGGUGUCGCGCCGAAGCAAGUCACACCCAUCAUGUUGCAGGAAGUGAGCGCCGACGAUGGCGUCACGCUGAUUGGAGCACCGCAGCCGCUGCUCGACAGGGACGAAGCAGACGGUCCGUUGAUCGAAGCGCCAAGUCUACACCGCAGCGAGGAUGGGAUAUACUUCCUCUUCUAUGCCAGUAACUGCUUCGAUUCCCCAGAGUACUCCACUAGCUAUGCGACGAGUACGAAUGUCUGGGGUCCGUACGUGAAAGCACAACGGCCGCUGCUGCACACGGGCAACGGGGCGAGUGUGACUGGUCCCGGAGGUCUGGAUGUUCCGGCUGCAGGCGAUGGUCUGGUUGGGUUUCAUGGGCGCGUGAAUCCGGACAACACGCCCCUAGUAAGGGCAGCAUAUACCGCGAGACUUGUUUUCGAUGGCCGGAUAGUCGGCUUUGCGACUUCCUAG